GGUCCGGACAGUUCCCGCAAUGAAGCUCCCGGGCCGCCGCCUCCUCGCCGUCGCAGCAGCCGCGUUGCUCGUGGCCACGUCGUUGCUGGUCGCCACCCUCCUCACCGCCUCGCCGCUGCAGUUCCUUCCGCUGCUGCCGUGCCUGCCCGCGGUCACAGCCCCCUCGGGCGCCGGGUACGAGCCGCCCGGCCUCGCCGCGCUCGCCGACGCCGCCGUGUACUACGCCACCACACGGGCCGUGCCGCAGCAGUCGCGCGCCGAGCUCGCGCUCUCCCUGGCCGUGCUCCGCCGCCGCGCGCCGCUGCGGCUGCUCGUGUUCGGCCUCGGCCACGACUCGCCGCUCUGGCACGCGCUCAACCCCGGCGGCGCCACCGUGUUCCUCGAGGAGGACCCGGAGUGGUACCGCGUGGUGCGCUCGCAGUCGCCGCACCUGCGCGCGCACCUGGUCCGCUACCGCACGCGCCUCGACCACGCCGACCUCCUCCUCGGCUCCUACAAGCGGUUCCCCUCGUGCGUCCCCGGCGCCGGCGCCGGCGCCGAGCCCGCCGUCCGCGCCAACGCCGCGUGCCCGCUCGCGCUGCACGACCUGCCGGCCGAGGUGUACGAGAACGAGUGGGACGUGCUCAUGGUGGACGCGCCCAAGGGGUACUUCCCGUCGGCGCCCGGGAGGAUGGCGGCGAUAUGGACGGCGGCCGCCAUGGCGCGCGCGAGGCAAGGCGAGGGGGACACCGACGUGUUCCUGCACGACGUCGACCGCAGGGUGGAGAGGAUGUUCGCCGAGGAGCUCCUCUGCGACAGGUUCCGGGUCGGAGGGACCGGCCGGCUCUGGCACUUCAGGAUCCCGCCGGUUUCACGGCGGGCCAACACCACGACGGCGGCCGGCGGUGGCGAGAGGCCGUUCUGCUGACAAUGCAAGUUGAGUUCUUUUGGAGACCUCCAAAUCCGGCGAAGCGGCAGCAAGGCGCCCUCUGAUUCGCCUCCUUGAAUCUUGAUUCCUGCAAGCCGGCUGCUAUGUCCAUUGCAUUAAAUCUGUGCCAAGGCAGAUGAACAGGAUGCCAGGAACACACAGCGUGUCGUCGUCAAUGCCGUGCCAACACCAGAUCUAGGCAGCGACAGGAUCACAGGGCCGUGCAGGAGAGGACCCAUGCCCCAUCAUAUCUCACUAGUGGAUUCUGCCUGCGUUUCAAUCACUUUAUCGUUGCAAAGGGGUUUCCCUUUCCUUUUUUACAUUAUUUUUGUGUGUGUGUGGCGGGAUGUUUAUAUUCAGGUCAAUUUCGAUGCAACCAAAGACAUACAUUUGUUGUAAUUAUGAAGACUUAGUGUUUUUUAUGACAUUAAGCUUCUGGAAUUAGUAGAGAAUAAUUUACUAGAGUA